AUGUUUGGUCGAGCUUUGUUAAAAAAUAGUUUUAAGAAUGUUUAUUUUAACAUGAGAAGAAAAACUUCAUUUGUCACUAUUAACUCUGUUACAAAAAUUGAUAUCAAAAGUCCACGACCUAAAUCAAGUUUUUUUUCAAAUUCUUCUUUUAUUCAUUAUCGUUUACUAGAAGAACCCAAAGAAUUUCUCAUAUUAUCUAAAGGAGUACCUAGAGAAUUAGAAUCAUCUAGAGAAGAAUUAACUAGAGAACUGUCAACAGAAUUAUCUACAGAAUCUUCUAGAGGAGUAUCGCCUGGUAUCAUUCCAUCAUUUGAUGAAGCGAAUUAUACAUUUCUUAGAAACAAAUCAUUAUCUGAAUUGAUUCGUUCUCUUGUGGUUGGUAAAUUAUGUUCAAUCAGAUGGCUUGUAAAUCAUGCUGAAGAUUUGAUUAAAUUUUCAGAAAGAUUGUAUUUGGUUCAACCUACUUAUUGGAUUAUUAGAAAGACAUUUUUCGCUCAUUUCUGCGGUCAAGAUGAUAUUAAAGAUUUUGAAGAUUUAAUGAAUCGAUUAGAAAAAAUUUGUGAAUUAGCUCGUGAACGUAAUGUAAAAAUAUUGAUUGACGCAGAACAAACUUAUUUUCAACCAGCAAUUGAUUUAAUAUCCAUUAAAUUGGCUUCAAAAUUUAACAAAUCAAAUCAUCACGAUAGGGAAGAAAGAAAACGAGAUGAAAGAGAUGAAGGUGGCGGAGGUGGAAAAAGAGAUGCAAUUGUAUUCAACACAUAUCAAAUGUAUCUUAAAGAUUCAUUCACAAGAUUAAAGAGAGAUUUUGAAUUAUCGAGAAGAGAGAAUUUUGUAUUCGCCGCCAAACUUGUUCGAGGAGCUUACAUGGUGGGAGAAAGAUUGAUGGCCCAAAAAUACGGAUAUCCUAGUCCCAUACAUGAUAAUAUCGAAGAUACUCAUAAAUCUUAUAAUGAAGCGUAA